AUGGUGGAGUGGUGUGAAGGAAGACAGUUGGGCAUCUACUAUCUCCAGCGGUUAAUCGCUGCUGCAUAUAUCAAGGUGCAGCUACAAAAGCAUGCGAAUGUGCCAGAUAAUAUUCAACAAUCUCGGAAUCCCGUAACUAUAAUCUUCUGUGAUCAUAUCUACUCCUUGUCCAAGCUGAUUGAUACCCCCUACCUUCAAACAGAGAUCUAUAACGAGACUAAUGAGUCCCUCAGAGUCGUUGAGAGGACCUGCUGGCACUAUGCAAAUGGCGCCACUUGGACCGAUGACAACGUGCUCGAGAUGGGUGGGAGCGGUACGUCGGGCAUGCUUCGGAUCAAGACCUCAUCAGGGGAAAUCUUCACCGUGAUUGUGGGAUUUCAUAAUAACGAUCCCUGGUGCGAUGCUCAGGUGAACUUGAAAGACCAUGAUACGGCAGUGAAGCUGCACCCAGAAUACUACAACGGGGGCAGCCUGUCAGGCCAGGCGAGCACUGGGGUCACCCGGACAACAUUGAAGGGACGGACAGUGAAAGUCCAGUUCCGGGCUCUGCCGGACGGUCCGGUUUUCAUACCUAUGGUCACGUAUUCUUGA